GGCGUUCAGUCGCGACGCGACAGCGAGAGUGGCAACAGCUGCGGCGCAACACGGUCAGAGCAGCGCGGCGCCGACGACAGUCCGGUUGCUGAGUGAUAGUGCGCGUUGGUGCCCCAACUACGGCAGACUCAAAGAAGCAGCGAUGUGCGAUGGCGGCUGAGUGCGCGGCGUGCUGGCUGGCGCUGUGGCUGCGGUUGUGGCUGUGCCUGGCGGUGGGGUCAGGUCCGGCGCUGGCGGUCGUGACGCAGGAGCCGGGGGUGCUGCUGCGACAGGGCGUCGUCUCCGGGAUAAAAGUGAUCACCGAAAGCCGGCGACCAAUCAGCGCCUACCUUGGGAUACCGUACGCCAUCCCUCCCGUCGGAGAGCUUCGAUUUGCGCCACCGACGCCGCACGCCGGCUGGAACGGCACGCUGUUGGCUGGCCGCUACGGGCCCCCCUGUCCGCAGCUGCCGGCGCCGGGACCACCGCUGGCGCCCUACAGUGAGGACUGCCUCACCCUCAACGUCUGGGUACCAGAAAGGACGUGGCAACGGCUGCCGGUGCUGGUGCUGUUGGAGAGCGAGGGCUUCGUGAGCGGCUCGCCGUCGAGGCUACCGGCGCACGACCUGGCCGCCGAGGACCUCAUCGUCGUCUCUGUUUCCUACCGCCUCAAUGUCUUCGGCUUCCUGUGCCUCGAGGACGCCAGCGCCCGCGGCAACCUAGGCCUGCUGGACCAGUACCUGGCGCUGCGCUGGGUCCGCGACAACAUCGAGCACUUCGGCGGCGACCCUUCCUCCGUCACGCUGAUGGGCCACUCGGCGGGCGCCGCCAGCGUCGUCUACCACAUGGUCUCCCCCAGGACCACAGGGCUGUUCCACCGCGCGAUCGUCAUGUCGGGCAGCGUGGCGGCGCCGUGGGCGCGCUCCCGCCACCCGGCCAACUCUUCGCGCGGCAUCGCACGCAGCCUGGGCUGCCUCGCGCCCGACUCGGCGCUCAUGCUGCGCUGCCUCCGGAACAAGUCCGUCGCCGAGGUGCUGCGCGCCUUCGAGGACCAGUACCAGAGCGGCAACUGGACGGACCUGACGCUGCCUGUCGUCGACUCGUUCCUGCCGGAGAGCGACCGCUACUUGCCUCUAGACCCUCUGGAGGCGCUGCAGUUGGGGUCGUACCGACAGGUGCCUGUGCUAACGGGCAUCACCAGUGCCGAAGGGGCCUUCGCUCUCUACGAGUGGGACGACGGAGUGCGGCAGGCGUCGGAGGCGCAGCUGCGGCAGCUGCUGGAGGACAGCGUGUUGCCGCAGGUUGCACGCCGGUACGGCUGGGGGGACAGCGCAGCCGUGCGCGAGGCGCUGCUAUGGCGGUACGCGCCAUCCGGGCUGGCCGCCAUGUUGCAGGUUGUCUCUGACAGCCAGUUUGUAGCACCUCAUGCACACCAGCUGGAGCUUCUGGUAAACAACCCUCAGCCAGUGUACUCAUACUACUAUGAUCAGCCUGGACCAGAUCUGUAUGGAAGCUCUCUCAACAUUACUGGUGCUGCACAUGGUUCAGAAUUGCUACAUCUUCUUGGCCCAUCCCUUAUGCAGCAGCUUUCUGGACGCAGACCAUCUGGGACUGAAGAAAGGUUUGGCAGAAUGAUACGUCAAAUGUGGGCUGAAUUUUCACGAACAGGAAACCCUCUUCAAGAAACUUCAUACAGUUACACAUUCCCAUGGAGGAGAGCAACACCUGAUGACAUAUACAGCCGUGUUCUGACAGCUGGAAACACUGUAGGCACUACUAGAAACCUUGCAAAAACAGCUGCUUUCUGGAACAAGUUAUUGCCUAAACUUGGCAGUAUGGGUCAGUCUCCACCUUCUGCUUAUGAUUCUGGACCACGAUCAGGUUUGACAGACCAGAGUCAACCAUUUCGCAGUGCUGUUUACACUCUGAUUGGCAUUGUUACUGUGUUACUAGUCGUUCUAGUGGUGUGUCUAGUGCUACUUAAACAUCGUUCAAAGGAGCGUCAGAGUGAUUUGUUCUGAAAUAUUCCAACAAAAUAAAGAUCUGAUUUUGCCUUGUAAUAGAACUCUACUUAACAGUGCAACAUCAAACCAAAGUGGUACUCAAUAUGGUAUAUGAUGAUAAUGUUUACAGUUGUUGAAUUUACUAGACAUUAGGAAAAUUAUGACUUGCCUUAAUCUAAAUAUGAUCUUGGACGUGCCUAGGUAGAGUAUAAAUAGUGGAAGGAGUAAAGUUACUACCUUCACUCAUUCCAAUGUUUAUAUCUGUUUGAACUAAGAUGGACAUAUGUGAAGUCGUGCCUUUAGUUCCAUUUUCUACAUUCCUAAGGAAAUAAUUUGUAAUGUGUGGAAGAAAUGUAACUAAAUACAAAAUUAUUUAGUGAUUAUUAUUUUUUUCACUCUCAGUCAGUAAAACUGUUUGUCU